AAAAUUAUUCAUAUGAAAGUUAUUUUAGUGACAAAGUUGCUAUAAAAACUGAAUUUUUUUUCUAUUUUAUCAAAUUAAAAAUAGUUUGACAAAAUCAUGUUUAAAUUUUUAUUACUUUUUGGUGCCCUUCUUUUGGCAGUGGUUCAAUGCAAUGAAAAUAAUGCGACAAAAAUUGAGGAUAAAAAAGAAGAAAACCAACAGUCACUCGAUAUAAUUAAGAAUAAAAUUGAUACAACUAUUAAUGAUGCAAUAAAAAAUGUUGAUGAAGCAUUUAAAGCAGCUGGACAUGUGGCAAAUGAAAAUAUUAAAAAAUUAAGAACAAAUUUAAGAGAAAUUAGAAAUAAUAUUCAUCAACUUUUUUUUAGUACACGUCUUCAGGCCAGUAUUAAUUAUAUCAUGAUGACAUCAGACCAAAAGAAUUACACUGAAUGUUUAUCAUUAGAAACAUAUUAUGAAAAAACUAAACAACAAGCUACCAAUGAAUCGAUGAAUUGUAUGAAUAAUUUAAUUAAUAUUGCUGUUAAUUAUACACAAGAAGUUGAAUACAAUUUUGAUAAUUUUGAAAGUAUUUUAAUUAAUAUAAAAAAUGAAGCUCAAAAUUGUGUAAAAAAUAAUAAUGACAAUUCAACAACAUUUGAAAAUGUUGUCACUUGUCUCAACACGGUGAAUUUAAAAGCGAAAAAUAAUAUAGAAAAAGGUGUGCCAAAUUUCUCCAACGUCACAGAUGAUAUUAAUGCGAAAAUUGGACAAUUAUUAUCAGAAUCAGAAAAUUGUACUCAAUUGACAGAAAAUCGCAAAUUCAUUGAACAAUCUACACAUCUUGCUUAUGAUGUCAAGACUUGUAUUAAAAAUCACAAUAAUAAUUGAAAACAAAAUAAAAUUUUCUUUUCUAAAAAUUCCAUUAAGGAAUUUUUUUUUAAAUUUAAAUAUUUAAUAUAAUUUUUUGCUAUUUAUGGAAAAUUUUUUUUCGUCCACAUAUGUUUUGUAAAAAAAAAUUUAUUUGCUCUAAAAUGUAAAUUAAAAAAUUACACAAUUUGAUAAUGUA